AUGCGCCUCCCCGCCUCUUCCGGCGCGUUCCCCGCCGUACGACAGCGCCAUGGCGGUGUUCCACGAUGAGGUGGAGAUCGAAGACUUCGAGUACGAUGAGGAGACGGAGACGUACAGCUACCCGUGCCCCUGCGGGGACCGCUUCCUCAUCACGCGGGAGGAUCUGGAGAACGGAGAGGACGUGGCCACCUGCCCCAGCUGCUCCCUCAUCCUGCGCGUCAUCUAUGACCAGGAACAGUUCAUGCGUGAUGAAGUCAUUGCAGAACCUUUGACAAACAAGGAACUGGUAAAGUGCUGAUGAAUCCAUCAUGAACUGUUGCUGCUUUAACAUAAGGAAAUUAUGGGAAUGACAAUUUUGGGAAGAGACAUUUUGCUCCGCCUGGAAGUUCUUGCUGCUGUGGGAAACACGUGCAAUAAUUGUCUGUCUUAAUAACUUGUAAAAGAAUUUUCUGGGACAUCAACAUAAGUUUUGUUUUGUUUUGUUUUCAAUAGGGUUAAGCAUUUUAUUAGUAUUUUUUGGGACACAUACUCUAGAAGACCUGCACUAUGAUCGUAAUUGACUUCAAAUCAAUAUGCAGAGGAUGUGUACAGAGUUUUACUCUGAAAUUAGAACAGUUAUUUAGCAGUAAUUUCUUAGACACUAUGCAGAGAAGUUCAGUAUGUUUAGUGUGUGUAUACCAGCAUGAAAUGGCAGAGAGCUGAAAUGUUGAGAGAUGAAUUUAGAAAUCAAUAGGACUCCGUGGUUCUGUAUGGUGCUGUACAGAGUUGAAGUUUUGAUGGAACUUGCUAUCUAUCUCCUUGGUUUUGUGCCCUCAUAUUCCCAGCAUAUACUGAGUAUGGGGAAAAUAAUGAGGUCCAGAACCAGUUCUGCUGGUAAAUUGUUUUUACUCCUGUGAGUGUAAGGAAAGUGCCAUUGUAUUCAUAACUUGUGGGUGAAACACGCGAGCAGACAGCUUUGGUAGCUGUAUCAAAUGGGUAUCUGACAUAAUGAUUUACACUUGUGUGAAAUUAAACAGAAGAAAACAACAUUUUUUUGUACCCCUGUACAGUUAGUAAUGUGUGAAUGAACUUGAAUUCAAAGUGGAUUCUUAUUUACCCGUAUGUUCUCUCUCACGCUGUGGUUUGACUCUUGCAGCAAACAUAAAAUGGCUGUGGUUGUCUGUUCUGUUUGUAAUACCACAAUUUCUGAAUAUUAAGUCUUGUUUUGUUGGGUUCUGUCAUUUCCUAGAUAAGAGAUGCACACAGUUCACUUUAUUCAAAAAUGAAAUGUUUUUAGGACAGAAGAAAGUUGCAAGAAUAUGCUCCAAAGUACCGUGGUUCCAAGACUACUUCUUGAUUUACAGGCCACUGCACUUAAGAAUUUACUUAAAAUGGUGAUAAUUUGUAUGUUUUAGUAGGUUGUGACAUCUGUGAAGCCUUGGGAAAAGUAUUUGUGCAGCAUUUGUAUCAUGAUUUCACUCCAGGCACAAGAGAUAAGCAAGUCUCACUGAUGUCUCGGAUUUAAGUAUUUUUGUACUUACAACAUUCUGUGAAUGUUGGAAAUGAUCCUUCAAAUUACUUUUUAACACAAAAGGCAGAAGCUGACACCUGUCAGCCAGAAGUUUUGAAGGCAAUAUGCACAACCCGAAUUGUUUUUGUGCUUAACCACCAGGUGGCACUCCUGCCACUUAAAUGUCCGUGCUUCAGAGAAUGCUGUGGGAAUUUGGCUAGCUGAAAAUAUUUAUUUUGACUUAUGCUUAAAUAAAGAUGUUUAAAACUGCA